AUGAGCGCCAGUGAGCUGCUGACGAGGCAAAUUCCCGCCGCCUUUAGCGAGCUGGGGGUUGCGCUGCCCCUGUGCUUCGCGGCGGCGGUGGGGGUGGCAGUGGCGUGGGCCGCCUGUUGGCUGCGGCGACCGCGUCUUUCGUCUGCGUCGUCGGUGAACGGCAGCGGCGCCGGGGCUGUCUCCGUGACAGAGGCCCCAGCGGCAGCAGCUCCACCAGAGCAGAAGCGCGCAAAGGCCCAACGCAAAACGAAUCUCGCUGGCAGAGCAACUGUAAAAGGGGAGCCGAAAAGUGAGGAGUCUGUUCAGCCUACUUCUGUGCUGCGCGGAUACCCGGAAGUGGACGCCAUCAUGGUAUCGCCGUGCCAACGGUAUCUGUUUAUUAAUUGCCGUAGCAAGCGAAGGGCCCGACUGUACCCACAGAACAGAAAUCGCGCCUUCAUGGCGCGUGGAAAGGAGCUACAGGAGAAGCACUUUGUUUCUGUCGACGAGGCCGUCAAGUCUGCUAUGGGAGAGGAAGCGAGGGUGGAGGUGCACUCGGCUGCCUUUUCCCACGACGGCGAAAGACUCGUGGUAAGUGAGAGGAACAGUGAUACGUUCUUUCUCUUCAGCAUCAACGGUAGGUGCCAGUUGACUCUGCAGUCGUCAUGUAAGCUGCCCCGCCACAUGCUGGUCUCGACGCUGCCUCCAUGGGGGGUAGCCGGUGCAGCCUAUGACCUCAUUGUUAUGACGCACGACAAGGACUGCGAGUUGGAAGUGUUCAGCCUUCAGUCGGUGGAGUUCCUUGGAAAGACGAAAUUUGCAGUGGGAAACGCCUUGGCCUGGGCGCAGCGCGACAGCACCAUCGCGGCGGCCGGAUCUUUUCUUAAAGAGCCGCGCGUGGCGACGCUGCAGGUGCGUCCCAACGGAAACGGGAUCCAGCUGAUAGAUAGCGUGCACGUGGAGGACAAUGCGAAGGUGCGGGUGUCAGCGUUGUGUCUGACCUCCAAGAACGUUCCGGAGUUUAACACACGCGAGUAUCUGAUUGUCUUCACGGAAGGAGGCGUAGGACACAUUUACGACAUUGCGCCGAAAACGGUGAACUCCAAAACGGAGCGUUCACUUGCUCUUGUUGGUUGCUUCCAGGACUCCUCCUUUGCUGGGUGGGAUGCCACGUGUCGUGUGCACAUGACAUUUUGCCUCUAUGGUAGCUCGUACCACGAGCGUUUGGCCAUUGCGCUCUUUCAGGGCCGCAACGUAACGGUGUACCGUCAAACCUCUGCGCACGUUUCACCAAGCGGACUCUUCACCCUGGAGCCUGUUGUGGAGCUGCAUGACUGUCACGAAGGGGAUAGCGUGGAGCAUGUGGUCUUUGUGCAGCAUGGGGAGGGGCUGGCGACGAGUGGUCGGGCAGACGGCAGGCAUGUUCGUCUUUGGACCCUUCCGCCGCUCCCCGCUUGA